AUGGCCGAGUCUACAGGCGUAAGCCUGUCCGACUCCCAGGACUCUAUCCAAGAAAAGACCGCCAUCACUGUCACCACCAAAGAUACGCCAAAAGGCAGUGAAAACGACCCUAGCGGCGAGAACGACAUCGAAAAUGAGGAUGCAAUUAUCGUCACUGGUGCAGAUGCUGCUUUGCAUUUGCUACCACUGCGAGAUGACUUCGACAAUGUUUUGACUUUUCGAAGUAUCCUCCUGGCCUCCGGUCUGGCUUGUUUCCAAGCUGUGAUGUAUCAGAUUUAUCAAUACAAACCGACCAUGAUCACAAUCCAAGGAACUUUUAUCGUACUCAUCGCUUACUUCUUGGGAAAUGCCUGGGCGAAAUUUCUUCCGCGGGGUGAUAACUACGAAGCUCGCUGGAGGGUAAAAGGUGGCCAUGGAAAAUUGCCGUGGUGGAUUCUGGCUCUCAAGUUUUUAAAUAAUGGGCCAUGGAGCCUAAAGGAGCACUCGAUAUGUGCAAUCACUGCGACGUCAGCCUCAAAUGCUGCUGCAGCCACGACAGUCUUUGCGGCACAAGAUCUGUUCUAUAACGUUCCCCUUAGUGCGGCCACCGUUAUUUUGAGCACCAUCUCUAUUGGUCUGUUUGGAUACGGGCUCUGUGGAAUUAUGCGUCCCAUCGCUGUCUGGCACACCGAGGCCGUCUACUGGAGUACUUUGCCUACUGUAAAGACCCUCCAGGGCCUUCAUUGGCAACAAGUGAAGAACUCAAAGCCGCUCAGAUAUUUCUGGUAUGCCUUUACGGGAAUGUCGCUCUAUGAGAUUAUUCCUGCCUACAUAUUUCCGUGGCUUAACUCUGUCUCUAUUCCGUGCCUGGCCGCACAAAAGGCGACGGGUAGCACUGGUGCUGUACUCAACAAUAUCUUCGGUGGCUCUACGACAAACCAGGGUCUCGGUCUCUUCUCUCUUUCUUUUGAUUGGCAAUAUAUCACAUCCUUUCAAACAUCUCUACCUUUGAAAUUGCAGCUUCAUCAGGCCGCAGGACUCGGUGCCUGUUUUAUCGCCAUGAUCGGAAUCUAUUACGGGAACGGCUGGAAUGCGAAAUCGCUGCCAUUCAUGUCAACCAAAAUGCUCAUGACCAACGGUACCAGGUACCCGAUAGACGACGUAUUCCCCGGCGGUGUUCUCGAUGAAGUCAAAUUGUUCGAAUACGGUUUGCCGAAGUUGACGGGAACAUUUGCAUUUGCUAUGUUCAUGGCAAAUGCUGCAAUCGGUGCUCUAAUUGUUCAUUGUAUCCUCUUCUGGGGCAAAGAUAUUCGACGGGCAUACAGAAGUGCCAGAGAAGGGAGGUAUGACGAUCGCCAUCAUACUCACAUGACCAAACACUACACGGAAGUACCGUGGUGGUGGUAUGGUUUGAUCCUUGUGGGCAGCUUCGUUCUCGGUAUUAUUGUGGUUACGAAAGAGCAUGUAACUCUGCCUGUGUGGGGUUAUGUGGUCGCCUUGAUUGUCGGAAUCAUAAUUGCACCCUUCAGUACCAUCCUAUAUUCCCGCUAUGGCAAUGGAAUUGCUACCAACAAUCUAUCAAAGAUGCUGGCAGGACUCAUGAUUCCUGGACGUCCGGUCGGUAAUAUGUACUUUGCUGCUUGGUCGCACAAUGUUAUCAGCAAUGCAGUCAACCUGUCCAAUGAUUUGAAGAUGGGUGAAUACCUCAAAAUUCCUCCCCGCAUCAUGUUCAUCACCCAAAUUUACGGCACUAUACUUGGUGGCUUCAUCAACUACGCCGUUAUGAUUUCCAUUGUAUCUGGUAACCGGGCUCUUCUCGUCGACAGCAACGGAAAUUCAUCUUGGAGUGGUGCGACUAUACAAGCCUUCAAUAGCAAUGCAACCUCGUGGGCCCUUGCAUCAUAUCUAUACAAGACGGGGCGCCAAUACUCUUUGGUACCUAUUGGUAUAGUCAUCGGUGGCGCUGCUGUGGUUGUUCAUCGGCUCUUCUAUCAAUUUGUACCAAAGAUCGGGACGUUCGAUGUCGCCGAGCUCAACAUGGCACAAUUCAUUCAAUAUGCUGGAUAUAUCCCAUACAACCAAAGCCAGACCUGUGUUCUCCUCAGCUGGAUUCUCAGCGGUAUGUAUGUUCAGUACUACCUCCGGAACUACCGACCCCGUAUCUUCAAGGACUACUCAUAUCUCAUCACUGGCGCCUUUGAUGGAGCCAGUCUUACGGUCCUUUUCAUUCUCUCGUUCGCUGUCUUUGGGGCCGGUGGAGGUUAG